AUGGCCUUAAAAAAACACAAUUGCAGUGUUUUUCUCACGCUGCUUGUGCUAUGCAAGCUUGCCCUGUGUCAGCUGUUAGUGUCCGAUGAUCAAUAUGAAAGGUCACUACGCUGUCGUGGAGGAUUUGACCUGUAUUUUAUCCUUGACCGAUCAGCAAGCGUUACGAAUGACCAGUUUCGGACCCAGACUGUAAACUUUGUAGAAGACAUAGUUGAGAGCUUUGUGAGUCCUCAUCUCAGAACGUCGUUUAUCACAUUCUCAAACGUUGACGAGACUAACGUGAUUCUUCCGUUAACCGGGGAUAGAGAUGAUAUCGACAAAGGAAUUGAUAAUCUCCGUGAGAUACAGACACGUGGAGGAACCUACAUGCAUGCUGGCCUGUACUUGGUGAACGAGCAAAUAGAAAAUGUAGGUUUCGGUGCGGCCAGUGUAAUUAUAGCGUUAACAGACGGAAUGUUAAACGACGAAGAGUUGGCAGUCAAUGAGGCCAACAUCGCCAGACAUCUUGGUGCCACUGUGAUUGCCGUUGGGAUAGGUGACUUUGAUUCCAAACAGUUACGUGCUGUGGCAAACUUUCCGCCAGACGAACACAUAUUUACUGGAGAUACAUUUUAUGAUCUAGCGAGUCUGAUUGACAAGAUAGUGAUUCAGUCUUGUAUAGAGAUAUUAUCGGCGUCACCGACUGAGGUUUGCGCCAAAGAAAGGUUUGACAUCAAAAUAGAGGGGCGUGGUUUUACGAAAACAAAUAACUUAUCGUCGGUUGUGUGUAACUUCAAAUUGAAUGAAACAGACAAUCAAGUUGAAAUCCCAACAGAAAUAACAGACACGUUUCUCCGCUGUCCAGCUCCCAUGAUUCCCGACGAAGACAGCUAUGUACUUCUACAGAUAUCUGUCAAUGGUCGAUCCUUCGUAUCAAGUAAUAUUACGAUCACAGCUCACAGCUGUAUUAAGGUGGUUGCAAAACAAAAACCCAAGCCACCGAAUCCGGAACCGGAAGUAGACCCAGAUAAAAACAAGUGGCCAGUUGUUAGUGCAUCGUACUACGGAGGGCGCGGUGCCGGGGGAAUAAGACGAAUGGAGGUUGACUGGGGGGACAAAGGUUCCACAGAAGCCGGAUCUAAAUUGGAGAAAACUCGAAACGCGCAAGUAACCGAGGCAGAAGACGAUCCAAAGUCAAAUGGUGGCAGCCAAUCUGCCCGCAGUGGGCCGACAUGUAUGCAAACUUUCAAGUCUACAAUAUCCGCAUGUUUUGCACCAUUAGUAUCCCUCUACAGUCGUAUAUCAGUAAGAAGACCAGCACCAGGAGAGAAGGGAGUAUGUUGCCGCGUGCAGAAUGAGCCAGUCUGA